AAAAUGCUUUUCCCAUUCCUCUCUCAUUUACUUGACGCGCAGAGACACGCACAGCGCUCGUCAUUAGCAAUCUCGCUCAUAUAUUGACGAAAACACCAAACGCGCAUCAACUUCACCUCAUCGAUUUCUCCGGCACAAUCUCCGGUCACUUUUUUCCGGCGAGAUCGUGAUCUUUCCGUCGGAGAAAAGACAGCAAUCGAUCCGAUUCCGAAGGUCCGGUCUGGUUACUGAUUCAAUCGACCCGAAAUUGAUUAAUGGCUCCGGUUUCGGCUCUCGCGAAGUACAAAUUAGUGUUCCUGGGGGAUCAAUCUGUCGGGAAAACGAGUAUUAUCACUCGGUUUAUGUACGAUAAAUUCGAUAACACUUAUCAGGCUACUAUUGGUAUUGAUUUCCUCUCCAAGACAAUGUAUCUCGAAGAUCGAACUGUACGUUUGCAGCUUUGGGAUACCGCUGGACAAGAGAGGUUUAGGAGUCUCAUCCCAAGCUACAUAAGGGACUCCUCUGUUGCGGUCAUAGUAUUCGAUGUUGCAAGCAGACAAUCCUUUCUUAAUACCGCAAAGUGGAUCGAGGAGGUUCGCACUGAGAGAGGAAGUGAUGUUAUUAUCGUCCUAGUAGGCAACAAAACUGAUCUGGUUGAUAAGAGGCAAGUUUCGAUAGAGGAAGGAGAGGCCAAAGCUCGUGACCUUAAUGUCAUGUUUAUUGAGACUAGCGCUAAGGCUGGCUUCAAUAUAAAGGCAUUAUUCAGGAAGAUAGCUGCAGCAUUGCCAGGAAUGGAAACUCUAUCAUCAACAAAGCAGGAAGAUAUGGUGGAUGUCAACCUCAAGUCUAGCAACACAAACGCAGCUCAGUCGCAACAGCAGUCAGGAGGAUGCGCAUGCUGAUGACAUGAACCGGAAACUUUGCUUUUUGCUCGUCAUAUUUUGGUUGGACAAUAUUUGCAUCUGUAAAGUCCUAAUUACUGAUAGCAAUGAAUUUUGGUUGUGAUUGUCAAGUAUUUUAAGUAGUAAAUUGUCAUGCGUACUGUAUUUCUAUUUGUCAUCUUAUCUGUAUCAUUUGGUGAACAAUGGUUAUUAAGACUUAACUAUUUUCCUGCUUCUGCAGCCGCCCCCCCACCCCCCAGCAGAAGAUAACGUUGAA